AUGUAUGCACGCUUAAAUUCUGCAGUGAGCUGUGAUUCCAAGCGAGUCAUACCGACCUCUCGGUCUCCACAAAAGACAACAUGGGCAAGGAAAAGGAAAAGAUUCACAUCAACAUCGUGGUCAUCGGCCAUGUCGACUCCGGCAAGUCCACCUCCACCGGUCACUUGAUCUACAAGUGCGGCGCCAUCGACAAGCGUGCCAUUGAGCAGUUCGAGAAGGAAGCUAAGGAGAUGGGCAAGGGCUCCUUCAAGUACGCCUGGGUGCUGGACAAGCUGAAGGCCGAGCGUGAACGUGGUAUCACCAUCGAUAUCGCCCUGUGGAAAUUCGAGACCACAAAGUACAUUGUGACUAUCAUUGAUGCUCCCGGACAUCGUGAUUUCAUCAAGAACAUGAUCACAGGAACUUCACAGGCUGACUGUGCCGUGCUGAUUGUGGCUGCUGGUACUGGUGAGUUCGAGGCUGGUAUCUCCAAUGACGGCCAGACCCGUGAGCACGCCCUGCUGGCCUACGCCCUGGGUGUCAAGCAGCUCAUCGUGGGAGUCAACAAGAUGGACUCCACCGAGCCCCCCUACUCUGAGGCUCGUUUUGGUGAGAUCACCGAGGAAGUGGGUGUCUACAUCAAGAAGAUCGGCUACAACCCCGAGUCUGUAGCGUUCGUGCCGAUCUCGGGCUGGCACGGCGACAACAUGAUCGAGGAGUCCACCAACAUGCCCUGGUUCAAGGGGUGGACCAUCGAGCGCAAGUCCGGUAGAUCCUCGGGCCACACGUUGAGGCAGGCUCUGGACGCCAUCGAACCUCCGUCCAGGCCUACAGACAAGCCCCUUCGUAUUCCGCUGCAGGACGUGUACAGGAUUGGCGGUAUCGGAACUGUGCCCGUCGGCCGUGUGGAGACCGGUAUCCUGAAGCCAGGCAUGGUGGUGACCUUCGCUCCCGUCAACAUCACCACUGAGGUCAAGUCGGUGGAGAUGCACCACGAGUAUCUGCCCGAGGCCCUGCCCGGUGACAACGUCGGCUUCAACGUCAAGAACGUGUCCCGCAAGGACAUCAAGCGUGGCUACGUUGCUGGUGACAGCAAUAACGACCCACCCAAGGAGGCUGCCAGCUUUGUUGCAGAGAUUGCCGUGCUGAACCACCCGGGCGAGAUCCAUGCCGGCUACGCGCCCGUUCUGGAUUGCCACACCGCCCACAUCGCCUGCAAGUUCGUUGAGCUCAAGGAAAAGAUUGACCGUCGUUCUGGCAAGAAGCUGGAAGACAACCCCAAGUCCGUGAAGUCUGGCGAUGCUGCUAUCGUCGAGAUGCUUCCGUCCAAGCCCAUGUGCGUCGAGGCCUUCUCUUCCUACCCACCCCUGGGUCGUUUUGCCGUGCGUGACAUGAGGCAGACCGUGGCUGUCGGCGUCAUCAAGUCCGUUAGCAAGACCGAGACGACCGGGAAGACCACCAAGGCUGCCCAGAAGGCUGCCGGCGGGAAGAAGAAGUGAUGGUCGCUUUACCUCGCUCCGCCCACCACCGUCACAGCCGCCAACGACACGACCACACUAGAGACUGCCAACUUGAAAUCAGGAGCCGCGCGUCUCAAGAGGGUCUGCAUGCCUUUUUUUCGUUAAGCGUUACGAGCCAUUUUAAUUCACCGUUAAUCGUUACCGACCCGUUCUUAUUCAACGUUAAGCGUUUUUGGUAUAUCAUUCGUGAAGCGUUAUUUGUCGUUUUAAUUCAGCGUUAAGCGUUAUUUGUUUUCCAGAAUUCACCGUUAAGCGUUACAGGGCCUCUUGGAUUUACCGUUAAGCGUUACUGCGCCCCCUGAAUUCACCGUUAAGCGUUACCAAGACCGCCCCAUGCGGACCCUCUCUCAACUUCGCAACCUUCGUUUCGGCCCUCGUCUGGUUACUCCAUAGUCGUAAGCUUCAUUGGAAACACUUCCGAAGGAAAAGUGGGACCGUAACGACAACACCAACAAAAAGGUCCCCAUGAUUUCAAAGUUGUUUACACCUAUGCCAAAAAAGGGCGUACGUUUUGACGCCAUUGUGAAAUACGAAAAACGAAGUCAACCAGAUGGUGUCUAACUUGUUUAUUUGUUUAUUUACUAAGUGAUUUUACAGUACACCGUUUUGUUUUUACUUUUCCUGUAAAAAUGAAUGUGUUCUGUUUUACCUUGGUUUUGAAACAUUUCUGUAAGGUGCUGGCAGAAUAAAAGAAUCGGUGACAUUA